AUGUACCGUCGGCGGCUCUCAACACCCAAUGGUGACCUCUGGCCGAUCGGCUACUCCUCCAGCAGCAGCAUGACGACGAGAGGUACCACGGCGAACGGAGAAGAUACGUUGAAAGCUGGAAGAAUAGAUGAGUCGGGUGCAUGCUCCCGAGAGCAUAUCCACGAUUAUCGUCAAUUCGAGGUCUUAUGGAAUCGGGAUCCCGACAAUAUCUGGAUAGCGACGCUUUGGCGCGCUGGUGCCUUCUCGGCUGGUGCAUGCGAGGGGUAUUCCGAAGGUAGAGAAGUGGACUCGGAGGGAAUGUGGGCGCGCCGAGGAAAGAUGGAUACGAGAAUGGAGAGCCCUCAAGACAAGUGCGUCAAUAAAGGCGGCAUACGGGGGGGUCAUGAAUCACGAAGAGUUCUGCUACGACGAUUCCCCCACAUUAGCAUGGCCCAACGCCGACGGGCAGGCGAUCCGCAGAGGACGUGCGGGUCUAGUCUCGCAGUUGACCAAGCAAUGUCGCUGUACAGCCUCCUCAAUUCGCAAGAGUGGAUCCUCGUGCAUGGAUUUUCAUUCUUCAAAGAGAUCCCAGCAUCGUGCCAGCUGUCCAGGACAGUACAACCCCGGCGACACGACCUUCGGGGCAUCGGGCGUACACUGGCGUACACCCAUUAG